AUGAAACAUAAGCUAAGUCAUAAUUCCAAAAGGAAUAUUCAACACAGCAUCUAUAAUCAGCUCCCCAACCUAACAACUGAACCAGGUCAACAGUUGCCUAAAAAGUUGGGUCAGAAUCAUACUAAAUUCCACAAAUAUAAAUAAUUUAACAAAAUUCGAUAACCUUGGGAUGCUCCCAACUGCCAAAAUAAGGAAGAGGAUGAUUAAGCUUGCUUAUGACACCCAGGAAGAAAAGUUGUUCAUGGAGCGAGUCAGGAAGAAUUUCUUGAAAAAUAGGAAGAAUAGUACCUCCAAGAUUAUCCAGAAUAAGUUUGUGUUUAAUUACAAUAUCAUUGCUCUUAAUCAUGAUCCGAAGAAGGCUUCUCCAACUGGGCUAAGCAUCCGAAGUCGCAUGAACGAUCGGAGACUCUCUCAUGUACGUAAGAAGGAAUAUUGGGCUGAAAAUGGCCGCAUGGAUUUCACAGAACCAACCCAUAAUUGGAGUAUUAGUGCUAAAAUGUCAGCACCAAAGGGGCUUAAAAGGAAUAAAGUUAGUUUCUGUUUAAUCUUUUUAGGUUAAUUCUCAGAGGUAAGACUCUUCUUGUAUCAAGUUAGCACCUCAACCA